UAUUACACAACCAGAAAUUCAUUUGUACUUUGAGCUGACUAGAUGCUGAAAAGUGAAUGUUGGAAUCUCUGCUACCAGGAAUAGAAGCAGGAUUUGGAUGUCAUUUCCUCUUAAUAUGGAAAGUCUUGCAUGGAAAAGCAGGUUGCAGGUUGCAUACACUCUUGGCAUCAUCAUCACCCUGUCUUGUCCAAUUAUACAGGGUGCUAAUAUAUUGGUUGUUCCUGUUGAUGGAAGCCACUGGGUCAAUAUGAGAAUUCUAAUAGAAGAACUGAAACUUCAUGGGCACAGCAUCACAGUCUUUUAUUUCUCAAAAUCUUGGUACAUCAAAGAGCAGCCUGAUCUAUAUCAAUCCAUUGUGGUUGAAAUUCCAGGAUUUGUUGGGAACAAUGCAAGUGGAGAUGUUAUGCAAAGUUUGAUACAAAAGGCACUAGAAGCCUUACAGAAUGGUUGGUUUUCAUGGGUUAAGUUCCAUUCUGAAAUGAUGUAUUUUAUGCAAUCUUGUCAUACUUGGGUUCGAAACUUUAAUAUUGCAAUUUAUGAAAACAAAAAAUUGUUAAAACAACUUGAAAAUGCCCACUUUGACUUAGUAUUUACUGAUCCUGUUUUUCCAACAGGUGCAAUGCUUGCUCAUCAUUUAAAACUCCCCUCGGUGUUUAAUAUUCGGUGGCUCAUCACUGGGGACCCUCAUUUUCUCCUUGCCCCUUCACCUUCUUCCUAUAUCCCAAUCCCCAGCUUACAAUUGACAGAUAAAAUGAGUUUUCUCCAAAGGACACAAAAUGUCAUCCUAAAUAUUUUUCAAAUGUACUUUUCAAAAUUAUUCAUUCAGUCCAUUUACAAUGAAAUCUGCCAUCGAUAUCUGGGCCCAGACACAGACAUCGAGACAAUUCUCCUAGGAGCAGAUGUGUGGCUGAUAAGAGCAGAUUUUAUAUUUGAAUUUCCGAGACCCACCAUGCCAAACAUUGUUUACAUUGGUGGAUUCCAGUGUAAACCGUCCAAACCUCUAGCAGCAGAGUUUGAAGAGUUGAUCCAAUCCUCAGGGGAACAUGGGAUUAUUGUGAUGUCUUUGGGGACCAUUGUCAACUCUUUGCCAAUGCACAUUACAAUGAAAAUAGCAGAGGCCUUUGCUCAAAUACCUCAGAAAGUUAUCUGGAAACACAAUGGAAAGAUCCCUCCCAACAUAGGAAAUAAUACACUACUGACAAAAUGGAUCCCUCAGAAUGACCUUCUAGGGCACCCCAAGACACGAGCUUUCAUUGCCCAUGGUGGCACCAAUGGAGUUUAUGAAGCCAUCUACCAUGGGGUGCCAGUAGUUGGAAUGCCUCUUCUUUUUGACCAGUUUGACAAUCUAUUCAAACUUGAAAUCCGAGGUGCUGCAAAGGUGAUAUACGUCUCAACCAUGCAGUCAACAGAUCUAUUGCAGGCACUUAACGAGGUCAUAAACAACACUUCUUAUCGGGAUAAUAUGCAGAAACUCUCUGCUCUCCACAGGGAUCAACCAGAGACUCCAUUGGAGAGAGCCAUUUUCUGGAUUGAGUAUGUUGCGCGACACAAAGGUGCAGCACAUUUGCGCUCAGAAUUUUACCAACUCCCCUGGUAUGCUUACUAUUGUGUUGAUGUGAUUUUCUUCCUGUUAUCUAUGUUACUCAUGUUUACAAUGCUGACAGUUCUACUAUUAAAAAAGCUUUGUCAUAUUGCCUGGAAGAAAAAGCAAAAAAUUCAGUAAGUGUUUUGCUGGCAAAGAGGCUUUGAAUUCUUUCACUUUAACAAUAGACACUUCUAAUUCAGUAUCUAUUGCAUUCCUUUCUGGAUAUCAUAAAUUAGGCAUUUGGUGAGGUAUCACUGGAGUCAUAUGUCCGUCAAUCGUACUCCUUUUGAGGAAAAAAGGAGUGGGAAAUGCUGUACUUAUAUCAAAUUUAAUGGAAAGAUCAACAUGUUUCACAAAAAUUUUUCAAAACUAAUCAUCCCAUUUAUUGACAUGUGGUUGAGAAGAUAAAAUAAGAAUGCAAGACUUCUGGGAUUCACUGGCAGAGAAGCCCUUUUCGUUCCAACCAUCCCAACCACUCUGUCAUAGCCAAAGGUUUCCAGCAUAGCUCUCUCUCUCUGUUUGUCAGCAUGUUUGAUACCUCGAGCACACAUCCCUUUUGUGUUGGUCAUGACCUUGCAAACUGUAGGUAAGUUUCUUUUAAGUGAGCUUCGAUAGGCUUGAAUGCAUGGCAGGGGUAAAGAGCUGGCCUCAAUUACACUGCUGUGAACUCCAUGUAGUGCCACAAAAUUAUGUAUGAAAGUGCCUCAAAAUGUAAAUGGAUGUAGGGUAAAACAGAUCCAUCAACAAUUCUGUUAAAGUCUGCGAGGACAGAAAAUGUUAAUUAGAACAAUAAUUAUAAUGUGUUGUUCUAAGUUCCACACUUAGCAUUGGUUUCUCAGUAUUGGUCAGAUCUAGAAACGCUCGGGCUCGUCACAUCUGUGUGUAGACCCAUCGGUACCCAAACACCAAGUGUCACUAUGUUCUGAGGUUCUACCUGUCCCCGGUGUUGCGAAGGAUGGGUCUGGCCACGCUGUCGUGGAACACUCCAAGUAGUUGGACCGUGCCGUACCACCUGUCCCU